AUGGAGUAUACGAUGUCGAAUCAAAGCUUGACUGCAAGCUCUUUCCAGAAUUUCCCUGUCGAGGUGGUUCAACGGACCCUGUGCCAUUUCAGCUGGGAGAGUCUCAUAAAGUUCACGGCACUAUCACCGUCAUUGCUUUCCAUCUUCGAAGCGGCUGUAGUUCGAUACGCGUGCACGGUUCCAAGUCUCAAGGAGGCUCUAGAUAUUAUAGUAGAAUUCCCCACGGACCCCUUCAAUCCCACGAUCUACCUCGACGAGAAAUGGACCUGCGACUUCCGGAAGUUCUGCCUGCCGUCGGAGUUCUGGACGAUAGCCGUGUUCCGCGACAUCAUGGACUUCCACGAGCGAGUUCGAGAGCGAGUCGCGCUGUACGAAGGGUGGAUACGCGAGAACGCCGGGAAGUCCGACUUCACCGCGGAAUUGGCGACCCAACGCACGCCGGAAGAGGUACGGCGUGUCCCCAUAGCCGUGUAUGCGAUGGAGAUAGCCAGGCUCAUGUACCCGGACAAGUACGCGGCAUCCGGUGACGAUGCUCUUAUAGUUUGCUUCAAUGGCAACUGGAGGGAAUGGGUGCUUUUGGCCUAUGAGGCGAGUUUCGACCCGCCUUUUAUAAUUGGCGGCCAGAAUAUGCUCAAUGCUUGGUCCCUUUAUAUUCCCUCUGAGGUCACGGAAGGAAUGCAACACUAG